AAAAAAAGCAUUGCCUCCUCUUGCCUUUCCUUUUUCUCGUGUCCUCUCUAAAGCGUGUCAAGUCUCUCAUACCUAUGGCAGAUGGCAGCUCAGGUGUCUAUACGGGGGGUUGGCAUUUGAAAAUUUGGGACCUGGAGGGCGUGAGAUUUGGCAUAUCCAAGGACUGAGAUCAGAAUAUGUCUCUGUGUUCGUUUGCAUCGUUGGAGGACAUAUUUCGGCUUCAGCACAGGGCCUUUCAGACUAUUCAGGGCUUGUACUCUCUUGGGGUAAAGACAGCAGCUUUGACAGGGCCACCUUCAUGUGCUUGCACCGAGCAACUCCCUUGUGCCACCAAGUCUUGCGUGAGUUGCCAUGGGAGUACGAGGCUGUGCCAUCUCCUUCCACCGCGUGCUAGCCUAGGCUGGCCUUUCAUCCCUUGAAGAUAGGCAUCUCUGCAGAAAUUCUUCCUUUUGGAUUUUUGCGUCCCUCCUUGGAGUCCCCUCGCUUCCUUUUAUCCUCUGGUGGCUAGGCGGGGGCGUGGGUGCGCGCACCCAGGAAGAGUUGCCCUCGCAGCGGUGGUGGCCAGAGCGCUCCGCCGGAGCCCCAAACUCAUAACAAGUUCUUGGACUGGUAGCGCGGAGCUCUCAGGCCUCUACGCCUCUAUCCCUAUUUGGAGGGGUCCGGAGGGCUGGCGGCCGUAACGCGGCUGGGUUGAGCGGGGCCACGGGCUGCACCCCUCCGGCAGUGCCUGAGCGCGCAGCGGCGGCGCGCGGAUCGGAGCUGGGCAGCUACUGGCUGGGGUAGCGGCCCUUCCCGGGACUCCAGCGUGAAGAUGGCAGCAGCAGAGCCCCGGCCCCACCUGUGUUCGCCACGGCGGGCGGCCAGGCACAUGCCCCAAGCUGCCGCUUCGGCGCCUUGGACCCCCUCGUCCCGGAUCCCGGGCCUGCCCCAGAACCCAGGUGGCUGCACUUUCAUGCCGAUAGCUCAGGCGAUCCCUCUGCAGGUGGACAUGGCCAUGGCCCUGCAGCGCGUGAGGAUUGCUGAGGAGUACGGGAAGAACUACCUCUGCCUCCUGCAAGCAGUCUUCGUGGCAGGUAAGUCCCUUUCUCGCAUCUCCUCCCCAGCGGCCUCGGGUUCCAACCUAGCUCGCUUGCCCUUCUCCUCACCCACUGCCUCCCCCGGCGAGCACACUAGUUUCCAGUCCACACUCCCCACGCGCGCACACACACUUUCCUACUGCAGUGGCGCUCCCAACUGCGAACUUGCUGGGUCAUCCGUUCCCUUUUCCUCUGGCCAGCUGCCGCUCUGCAGGCGUGCAGCUCUGGUCCGCUUGGGCACCCCAGGAGGACCGUGGGAAACUGCAGGAAGCGAGUUGUGUGAUGUUUCAUCUGUUUAUACUGUUGAAGGCUCCUGCAUGUUGACAGGCCCCCAUUCCUAUGGCAUCACAAUGCAUCAUAACACCUAA